AAGGCUUCUCUUUUACAUCGUACUCAGGAAGAAAGAAGAAAGAGAGAGGAAGAAAGGCGAAGAUUGAAAAAUGCAAUAAUUAUCCAGUCAUUUAUUCGAGGCUAUAGAGACAGAAAACAGCAAUAUUCCAUCCAAAGAAGUGCAUUUGAUCGCUGCGCUAACUUGUCACAGUCUGGUGGCACUUUUUCCAUUGCUAAUGGUCCCAACCUUACCCUUUUGGUGAGGCAACUUCUGUUUUUUUACAAACAGAAUGAAGACUCAAAACGUUUGAUAUGGCUGUAUCAGAACUUAAUUAAACACAGCUCUCUGUUUGUCCAGCAGUUGGACGGGUCUGAGAGACUUACAUGCUUGUUUCAAAUAAAGAGGUUGAUGAGCCUCUGUUGCAGGUUACUGCAAAACUGUAGUGAUGACAGUUUGAAUGUUGCACUUCCAAUGAGAAUGCUUGAGGUGUUUUCAUCUGAGAAUACUUACUUGCCGGUUUUACAAGAUGCUAGCUAUGUGGUGUCAGUAAUUGAACAAAUUUUGCACUACAUGAUUCAACAUGGGUAUUACAGAUCUCUCUAUUUGUUAAUUAACAGCAAGCUUCCAUCAAGUAUUGAAUAUUCUGAUUUAUCUCGAGUUCCUAUAGCAAAAAUUUUGCUAGAGAAUGUUCUAAAACCAUUGCACUUUACUUACAACUCCUGUCCAGAAGGUGCAAGGCAACAGGUUUUUACAGCCUUCACAGAGGAGUUUCUGGCAGCACCUUUUACAGAUCAGAUUUUUCAUUUCAUCAUUCCAGCAUUAGGAGAUGCACAGUCUGCUUUCCCUUAUGAGCCCUUUCUGAAUGCACUGUUGUUAAGAGAGAGUAGAUGUUCCAAGACAAGUGGUGGAGCACCAGGGCUUUUCUACUUUGUUUUAACUGUUGGCGAAAAUUGUUUGGGGACCCUCUCUGAGGAAGGACUGCUAGUGUAUUUAAGAGUACUCCAGACUUUUCUUUCUCAGUUACCGGUUUCACCAGCCAAUACAAGCUGUCAAGAUUCAGCCAGUGACUCUGAAGAUGAGAGUGAAGAGACAGACAAGCAGAUGGGCACUCCAGAGGAUGGUAGGCUGUCAAUACCAUACAUAACAGAGGAAUGCCUGAAAAAGUUGGAUACAAAACAGCAGACCAACACCCUGUUAAACCUGGUCUGGAGGGAUUCAGCUAGUGAGGAGGCCUUUACUCUGAUGGCAUCCAUCUGCCACACGCUAAUGGUGCAGCAUCGGAUGAUGGUGCCAAAAGUCAGGCUUCUCUACAGUUUAGCCUUUAAUGCCAGGUUUCUGAGACAUCUUUGGUUUCUCAUAUCUUCUAUGACAACACGGAUGAUCACAGGGUCUAUGGUACCAUUGCUUCAGGUGAUAUCAAGGGGUUCUCCUAUGUCUUUUGAAGAUUCCAGUCGAAUCAUCCCCCUCUUCUACCUUUUUAGCUCCUUGUUUAGUCACUCACUAAUUUCCAUACACGAUAAUGAAUUCUUUGGUGAUCCCAUAGAAGUUGUAGGUCAAAGACAAUCAUCAAUGAUGCCUUUUAGUUUAGAAGAACUGAUAAUGUUGUCUCGAUGCCUUCGAGAUGCAUGCUUAGGGAUCAUCAAGUUGGCUUAUCCGGAAACAAAACCAGAAGUUCGAGAAGAAUAUAUUACAGCAUUUCAAAGUAUUGGAGUUACUACUAAUUCUGAAAUGCAACAAUGUAUACAGAUGGAACAAAAACGAUGGAUUCAGUUAUUUAAGGUCAUCACCAAUCUAGUGAAAAUGUUGAAGUCCAGAGACACAAGGAGAAAUUUUUGUCCUCCAAAUCACUGGCUGUCAGAACAGGAAGAUAUUAAAGCAGAUAAGGUCACCCAGCUCUACGUACCAGCUUCCAGACACGUGUGGAGGUUCCGGCGAAUGGGCAGGAUAGGCCCUCUGCAGUCUACCCUGGACGUGGGUUUGGAGUCCCCACCCCUGUCUGUGUCUGAGGAGAGACAGCUCGCCAUCCUAACAGAAUUGCCCUUUGUGGUUCCAUUUGAGGAACGAGUCAAGAUCUUUCAAAGGUUGAUUUAUGCAGAUAAGCAAGAAGUUCAAGGAGAUGGUCCAUUUCUGGAUGGUAUUAAUGUCACAAUAAGAAGAAAUUACAUUUAUGAAGAUGCUUAUGACAAACUUUCCCCAGAAAACGAGCCUGAUUUGAAAAAGCGGAUCCGCGUGCACUUACUGAAUGCGCAUGGCCUGGAUGAAGCUGGCAUUGACGGGGGUGGUAUUUUCAGAGAGUUUCUAAAUGAACUACUGAAGUCAGGAUUUAACCCCAACCAGGGGUUCUUUAAGACUACUAAUGAAGGGCUUCUGUACCCCAGCCCAGCUGCUCAGAUGCUUGUGGGAGAUUCCUUUGCCAGACAUUACUACUUCCUGGGCAGAAUGCUUGGAAAGGCUCUCUAUGAAAAUAUGCUGGUGGAAUUGCCCUUUGCUGGCUUUUUUCUGUCCAAGUUGCUUGGAACCAGUGCAGAUGUGGACAUUCAUCAUCUAGCUUCGUUAGAUCCUGAAGUGUAUAAGAACUUGCUUUUUCUCAAGAGCUAUGAGGGUGACGUGGAGGAGCUCGGGCUGAACUUCACUGUGGUGAACAAUGACCUUGGAGAGGCCCAGGUGGUUGAACUAAAAUUUGGUGGAAAAGAUAUCCCCGUCACCAGUGCCAACCGGAUUGCGUACAUCCACCUUGUAGCCGACUACAGGCUGAACAGACAGAUCCGCCAGCACUGCCUGGCCUUCCGACAGGGCCUGGCCAAUGUGGUGAACCUGGAGUGGCUGCGCAUGUUCGAUCAGCAGGAAAUUCAGGUGUUAAUUUCUGGUGCACAAGUUCCCAUAAGUCUAGAGGACCUAAAAUCCUUUACAAACUACUCAGGAGGCUAUUCUGCUGACCAUCCUGUAAUCAAAGUCUUCUGGAGAGUUGUGGAGGGAUUCACGGAUGAAGAAAAGCGCAAACUACUCAAGUUUGUCACAAGCUGCUCCCGACCCCCUCUCUUGGGGUUUAAGGAGCUGUACCCCGCAUUCUGCAUUCACAACGGAGGCUCCGACCUCGAGAGGCUCCCCACUGCCAGCACCUGCAUGAACCUGCUGAAGCUCCCCGAGUUUUACGAUGAGGCGCUUCUGCGAAGCAAACUCCUCUAUGCUAUUGAGUGUGCUGCUGGCUUCGAGCUGAGCUGAGCUGAGCUGAGACUGGACCUGACC